GGGCGCCGUCUGCUCCCGGAGCCGUGACCCGAGUCGGAGCUGUGUGUCGCAGCCGCCCCGACCCCCGCGGAUCAUGCGCCGUCGCCCCUGGCUCGCCGGUCCCGCCGGGCUGUGAGCCCCCCAGUCCCUGCCCGUCACGGCCCGCGCGCCAUGGGCAGCACCCACCCUUGCCCCAGGCUGCGGCUCCGACCUCGGCCCCAGCCGCGGCCCGCGCUCUGCGCGCUCCUGUUCUUCCUCCUGCUGCUGGCUGCCGCUGUGCCCAGGUCGGCACCCAACGACAUCCUGGGCCUCCGCCUCCCCCCAGAGCCCGUGCUCAACGCCAACACGGUGUGCCUGACCCUGCCUGGCCUGAGCAGGCGGCAGAUGGAGGUGUGUGUGCGACACCCUGAUGUGGCUGCCUCGGCCAUCCAGGGCAUCCAGAUCGCCAUCCACGAGUGCCAGCAUCAGUUCCGGGACCAGCGCUGGAACUGCUCCAGCCUCGAGACUCGCAACAAGAUCCCCUACGAGAGUCCCAUCUUCAGCAGAGGUUUCCGAGAGAGUGCCUUCGCCUACGCCAUCGCGGCAGCCGGCGUGGUGCAUGCGGUGUCCAACGCGUGCGCCCUGGGUAAACUGAAGGCGUGCGGCUGUGACGCGUCCCGGCGUGGGGACGAGGAGGCCUUCCGUCGGAAGCUGCACCGCCUGCAGCUGGACGCGCUGCAGCGCGGUAAGGGCCUGAGCCACGGAGUCCCUGAGCACCCAGCCCUGCCCCCCGCCAGCCCCGACCUGCAGGACUCCUGGGAGUGGGGCGGCUGCAGCCCCGACGUGGGCUUCGGGGAGCGCUUCUCUAAGGACUUUCUGGACUCCCGGGAGCCGCACAGAGACAUCCACGCGCGCAUGAGGCUCCACAACAACCGAGUGGGGAGGCAGGCGGUGAUGGAGAACAUGCGGCGGAAGUGCAAGUGCCACGGCACGUCAGGCAGCUGCCAGCUCAAGACGUGUUGGCAGGUGACGCCGGAGUUCCGCGCCGUGGGGGCGCUGCUGCGCAACCGCUUCCACCGCGCCACGCUCAUCCGGCCGCACAACCGCAACGGCGGCCAGCUGGAGCCCGGCCCCGCGGGGGCACCCUCGCCCGCCCCGGGCGUCCCGGGGCCGCGGCGCCGCGCCAGCCCCGCCGACCUGGUCUACUUUGAGAAGUCGCCGGACUUCUGCGAGCGCGAACCGCGCCUGGACUCGGCGGGCACGGUGGGCCGCCUAUGCAACAAGAGCAGCGCGGGCCCCGACGGCUGCGGCAGCAUGUGCUGCGGGCGCGGCCACAACAUCCUGCGCCAGACGCGCAGCGAGCGCUGCCACUGCCGCUUCCACUGGUGCUGCUUCGUGGUCUGCGAGGAGUGCCGCAUCACCGAGUGGGUCAGCGUCUGCAAGUGAGCGGAGGGCUCCCCUCCCGGAGCCCGGCGCUCCGUGGCUGGCGAUCUUGGCCCUGCGGCCUCGCCUUGGCUCCUGGGAGGGGAGGUCGGACCACGUGAUUUUGUAGGAACCUCCCAGCUCUGAGGGUCGUCAAGCUGCAAUCACGGGACAGUCCAGGCCUGCCUGGACCUCACCGCUCACUUCUGUGGUCUGCAGCACUGAUUCAUCUCCCGGCUCCCUGCCCCAAGCUCACCCUAGAGCCAGUGUCAGCCCCUGGCCUGUCUCCUUUCAUCCCUUCACCCCUUCCCCGGCAGUGGGAGGGAAUGAAGCAGCUGAUGGGCACGGGGAGGAGGAUUAAAAAGAAGAAAUGGACAUCACUGAGCUGAAGAGAUUCUGUGGAGGCCUCAGACACCCUCCCCAACCAGCCUCUGCCCCUCAUCAUUCGUUUGACAAAUAUUUAUUUUGCACUCUUUGUGAUCUGGCGCUCUG